AAAAAAGAAACAAUGCCUUGCUAGUAUUUAGUAUAUACAAAAAAAUUAUUAUUCUUAAAAAGCUAAAAAUAGUUGAGUAAAUUAGAAAAUUUGUUGAUUUCGGCGGGGUGGCUGCCUCGCUCGCUACAGUCUGCACGACUCUGGAGUUGAAGAUAUACGGAUGGAUAAUUAUUUCUGAAGAGGGGCACUCAUUUAUUGCAGGAACCCAUUGUGGGAUCAUGAAGUUCUGACACCUAGUUGCAUACGCGCCUAUCACCUUACUUAGACAAACAGUCAUAUAUUCAUACACUCUCCCCGUGGACAAAAUUCAGAUAAUAAUAAUUUUACCAGAAAAUGGAAUUAAAUUAUUGCUGCGACUUCACACAAUCAGAAUUAGACAGCAUAUUAUACGGCUACACCAAAGGGGAUGAUCAUUUUUUUCAAUACAAAUCGGGUAAAAAUAUCGCAUUUGCCCUUUCAGAAAUGAUAAUUAAUCCUUUAAAUCAAGGUGAAUAUAAGGACAUGUAUGAGAAAUUUAAUCUUAUCAACAAUACAAGAUUACCAACUGGCUUAGCCAUAAGUUAUACCCUGAUUUCCAAUUUAUUUCAUUCUGGCAUCUUUUGUCAGACAACUCUUAUUCCCAAAGGAACCAAAUUUGGACCACUACAGGGUAAGAUUGAAAAGAUGAAUAUCGAACUAAAACCUGACUUGCAUAAUGAAGUUGGCUUUCCCUCGGCAUCAUUUAAUAAGGAUAAUAAUAUGUUCCAAAACAAUAUUAUCAACAUUGAAAUUACCCAAAAUAAUAACGCAAAUUAUAAUGAGAAUAUCUGUGAUAAAGUUAAUAUCCUUAAUGAAGGAAAUAUUAAUAAAUUUACUUGUGUUGAACCUACGAAGAUCGAUACUGCAAAUAAAAUAGAAAUAUAUUCUGGAUGGGAAAUUUUCGACGGAACAAAUCAAGCCUGCCGUUUUAUUCUUGCUCCAAAUCCAAGAGAAAGACAUCAAGAUACUAAAGGUGAUAACACUAAUAGCACUCAUUGGAUGUUUAUGGUUAAUACGGCUCGAUAUCCUCAGGAACAAAAUUUAGUUUGUUAUCAAAACGAAAGAUCGGAAAUUUAUUACGAAGUCAACAAAGAUAUAAAUAGAGGAACAGAACUUUUGAUUUGGUAUGGUGAUGAAAUUUACGACCAAUAUUUUGGAAUACCAAUUGGACUUAAAUCAAUCAUGCAUGAACAUAAAAAUAUGAUUAAACAGGGAUCACAUUCAAAUACAAACUCCAUUAUGAGUUCCGAAUGGCUUGAGAAAUCCGAAGGAUUUCAAUGUAUUCAUUGCGAAAAAGUGUUUGCCUAUAAAUAUUAUUUGGAAAAGCAUCUAAAAUAUACACGGUGUGUUGAUCAAGGAGAUCGAAAAUUCCCAUGUCAUCUUUGUUCCAGAUCCUUCGAGAAAAAAGAUAGACUGAGGAUUCAUGUUUUACACGUUCACGAUAAGCAUAGGCCUCACAAAUGCGCAUUUUGCGGUAAAAGUUUCUCUCAAUCCUCUUCCCUCAAUAAACAUAUAAGAGUCCAUAGUGGUGAGCGGCCCUACAAAUGUGUAUACUGUAGCAAGGCUUUUACGGCUUCCAGCAUACUCAGAACACAUAUGAGGCAACAUAGUGGAGAAAAACCGUUUAAGUGCAAAUUUUGCGGGAAAGCUUUUGCAUCGCACGCAGCCCAUGAUAGUCAUGUUAGAAGGAAUCACAAUAACAUUAACUCUAAUAUUCCGACUAAACAAAUUAAUCAAGAAAAAGUAAAGAAAAUGGGACAAGAUAAUGCAUUCAAAAAUAUUGUACUCAAAAAUAAUAACAACCAUAUUGACUUUUCCAUAAAAGACGAUCACCGAUUGAUCAAUACAGAUGAUAACCAAGACAAGAUAGUGAACGUAUUCAAAAGUACUAACAAAAGUUUUAAAAUUCCACCCAUUAAUUUGAGUAAUGUAAGCAAACCAAUAUUAGAUGAUAGAAAUUUAAGAUUAUUCUAUAAUGAUGAAAAUCAUUUAGCUAGUGCCAUGAAAGUUCAACCUUACCCAAAUUUCGAUGCAUAUUAUACAACAAAUACCAAUUGCAACCUAAAGUCGUCCCCAUUUCAAGUCGCUACCAUGUGGACUCAUAAUAAUUUAAACCACAGUCAUUUACAUAAUAAUCACCAAGCUUCUUAUACCAAAAUGGUAUCUCUUAUGAGCCGUACAAACAAAAACAUUUGUUCAAAUAAUUUUGUUUCGACCAAAAAUUUUCAAUGAAUUUAUUAGAGUAUAUUAUAAUAAAUGAAUAAAAUUGGUAUAAAAAAUAAAAUUAUAGUCGCGAUCAUCUUGGAUGACAUCCAUCCAAAAAACGCUUACCUUGAACGAAAGGCGUCCACGUCUG